UUGCCAGUAUUUUCAAAAUAAGACGACAUAACAGUAGGAUAUUCAAAAGAAUCAAAAACAGAAACAUAACGAGUUGUAGCCUGCAUAACAAAUACAAAACGUCCUAUGUGAGCCACUGCAGCUGGUUUCACUUCAGUACCUGUUUAUAGAGCGAACAAUUCAAAUGGGCGUUUCUGUGGCCGCAGACUUCCUGUAGCCUCUCGGGGCGUCAUCUAUGAUUGGAGCAUAAAAACAACGGAGUGGGCGUUGAAAGGGGCUUUUGGUUUGUUUUUUGUGCAUUCUUUGCAUUUCUCCGAAAAGUUUUAGAAAAUGGUGCAGCCGCUGACAAAACGCGGGGUGAAAGCGAGUCCUUUGCUGAAAGCUGGCCACCGUCCUGCAGUAGUAAAGGCUGGUGGUAAACGGGUGACUAAGAAAAGCCUGGAAGAGAGUGGGACCCAUGGCACUCAAGAGAAGGAGACCAAGAAGUCAGAUAAACUGAGGUCACUUGGCACCCCCAACAGGAUGCAGCACGUUGCCAUACUUCUGACAGGAACCCUGGACAAGCUGAGCCAUGACUUUCCUGAGACACCAGUGAGUGUGAGGCACAGCAAGGUGCACCCUGCACUGGAGAAGCCCCACUCACCCCGGACCUUCUUCAUCCAGCAGCCCAGGAAAUAUUGAAUGUUUGUUUAAGAGGGAACCAUGUUAAGUCAGCUGUGAGACAAACAUGAAGUGUUAGGCACAUGAGGGGGCUGACAAGUUGUCUGUGAAGUGUCAGUUUGGAGAAGGAAGGCUUUUGUCAAGCUCUGCAUGUAAUUAAAAGGUGGUGGGGGGGUGUCAUUAUACAGCAGACUUUAAUGUCUUUUUCUGGUGUUGUAAGAAGAAUGUUGUCCCUAAUGGAAAACCAGAUGGCAUUUGGAUAUAAACAUGUUUAAUGUGAGGGUUUUGAGUCUCUUUACUAUGUAAUGUCUGUCACUUAUUGAGUUAAUAAAAUAACUACAUGGCA